AGUUGCUGUCAUCAGCCCUCCUCUGCUGUGCCAGCGUGCAGUGCAUUCUGCCUGCGAAGAGGCCCGACUCAGAACGCAUGCUGAGCUAGCGACCAGAGGGGAAAUGGCAGACCACAACUUGGAGAGUUGUUCGUUCUGCUAAAGAGGAGACUUGGGGACAGGAUCGUUGCUCAACCUGGCUAAAUCCGUGAUCUUCCCAUCUAGAGCUGUGACUUGGAUGGGGCACCAAGGAGCAUUUGCUGGGUGAGCGUGAUCGCUCUUCAGCCAGCUUGGAAGGUCGUCCCAUCCCACCUACAUCCUCGUCUAGCCUCCUCCCAUCUGCUCAGCUGCCUAGCUCCCAUAAUCCUCCACCAGUUAGCUGCCAGAUGCCAUUGCUAGACAGCAACACCUCCCAUCAAAUCAUGGACACCAACCCCGAUGAGGAGUUCUCCCCCAAUUCAUACCUGCUCAGAGCAUGCUCAGGGCCCCAGCAAGCCUCCAGCAGUGGCCCUCCGAACCACCACAGCCAGUCGACUCUGAGGCCCCCUCUGCCACCCCCGCACAACCACACGCUGUCCCAUCACCACUCGUCAGCCAACUCCCUCAACAGGAACUCGCUGACCAAUCGGCGGAGUCAGAUUCACGCCCCAGCUCCCGCGCCCAAUGACCUGGCCACCACGCCGGAGUCAGUUCAGCUUCAGGACAGCUGGGUGCUAAACAGCAACGUGCCCCUGGAGACCCGGCACUUCCUCUUUAAGACAUCCUCGGGAAGCACACCCCUGUUUAGCAGCUCCUCUCCGGGAUACCCUUUGACCUCAGGAACGGUUUACACACCACCACCCCGCCUGCUGCCCCGGAAUACCUUCUCCAGGAAGGCCUUCAAGCUGAAGAAGCCCUCCAAAUACUGCAGCUGGAAAUGCGCCGCCCUGUCGGCCAUCGCUGCGGCCCUCCUCUUGGCCAUCCUGCUGGCGUAUUUCAUAGCCAUGCAUCUGCUCGGACUCAAUUGGCAACUCCAGCCGGCAGAUGGACACACCUUUAACAAUGGGAUAAGGACCGGCUUACCAGGAAACGAUGAUGUGACAACAGCGCCAUCUGGAGGCAAAGUGCCCUGGUCCUUGAAGAACAGCAGCAUAGACAGCGGCGAAGCAGAAGUUGGUCGGCGGGUGACCCAAGAAGUCCCACCUGGCGUGUUUUGGAGAUCACAGAUUCACAUCAGUCAACCCCAGUUCUUAAAGUUCAAUAUCUCCCUCGGGAAGGAUGCUCUCUUCGGUGUUUACAUAAGAAGAGGACUUCCACCAUCUCAUGCCCAGUAUGACUUCAUGGAGCGUCUGGACGGGAAGGAGAAAUGGAGCGUGGUCGAGUCACCCAGGGAACGCCGGAGCAUACAGACCCUGGUUCAAAACGAAGCCGUGUUUGUCCAGUACCUGGAUGUGGGCCUGUGGCACCUGGCCUUCUACAAUGACGGCAAAGACAAAGAGAUGGUUUCCUUCAACACUGUAGUCUUAGAUUCAGUGCAGGACUGUCCACGUAACUGCCAUGGGAAUGGCGAAUGUGUAUCCGGGCUGUGUCACUGCUUUCCAGGAUUUCUAGGAGUAGACUGUGCUAAAGCUGCCUGCCCCGUCCUGUGCAGCGGGAAUGGACAGUACUCUAAAGGGACAUGCCAGUGCUACAGCGGCUGGAAGGGCGCGGAGUGCGAUGUGCCCUUGAAUCAGUGCAUCGAUCCUUCCUGCGGGGGCCACGGCUCCUGCGUCGAUGGCAACUGUGUCUGCUCUGCCGGCUUCAAAGGCAAGCACUGCGAGGAAGUUGAUUGCUUGGAUCCUACGUGCUCCAGCCAUGGGGUCUGUGUAAAUGGAGAAUGCCUUUGCAGCCCUGGCUGGGGUGGUCUCAACUGUGAGCUGGCGAGGGUCCAGUGCCCAGACCAGUGCAGUGGACAUGGCACUUACCUCCCCGAUACGGGCCUCUGCAGCUGUGAUCCCAACUGGAUGGGUCCCGACUGCUCCGUCGAAGUGUGCUCAGUAGACUGUGGCACUCACGGCGUCUGCAUCGGGGGAGCCUGCCGCUGUGAAGAGGGCUGGACAGGCGCAGCUUGUGACCAGCGCGUGUGCCACCCCCGCUGCAUUGAGCACGGGACCUGUAAAGAUGGCAAAUGUGAAUGCCGAGAGGGCUGGAAUGGUGAACACUGCACCAUUGAUGGCUGCCCCGAUUUGUGCAACGGCAACGGGAGAUGCACACUGGGUCAGAACAGCUGGCAGUGUGUCUGCCAGACCGGCUGGAGAGGGCCCGGAUGCAACGUUGCCAUGGAAACCUCCUGUGCGGAUAACAAGGAUAAUGAGGGAGAUGGCCUGGUGGACUGCCUGGACCCCGACUGCUGCCUGCAGUCAGCCUGUCAGAACAGCCUGCUCUGCCGGGGCUCCCGGGACCCCCUGGACAUCAUUCAGCAGGGCCAGACAGACUCACCCGCAGUGAAGUCCUUCUACGACCGCAUCAAGCUCCUGGCCGGCAAAGACAGCACCCACAUCAUUCCUGGAGACAACCCCUUCAACAGCAGCUUGGUUUCUCUCAUCCGAGGCCAAGUAGUAACUACAGAUGGAACUCCCCUGAUUGGUGUGAACGUGUCUUUUGUCAAGUAUCCAAAAUACGGCUACACCAUUACCCGCCAAGAUGGCACGUUUGACCUGAUCGCCAAUGGCGGCGCCUCCUUGACCCUGCACUUUGAGCGAGCCCCGUUCAUGAGCCAAGAGCGUACCGUGUGGCUGCCGUGGAAUAGCUUUUAUGCCAUGGACACUCUGGUGAUGAAGACAGAGGAGAACUCCAUCCCCAGCUGUGACCUCAGUGGCUUUGUCCGGCCGGAUCCAAUCAUCAUCUCCUCCCCUCUGUCCACCUUCUUCAGCGCUGCCCCUGGGCAGAAUCCCAUCGUGCCUGAGACCCAGGUUCUUCAUGAAGAAAUUGAGCUCCCUGGUUCCAACGUGAAGCUUCGCUACCUGAGCUCCAGGACCGCAGGCUACAAGUCGCUGCUGAAGAUCACCAUGACCCAGUCCACGGUGCCCCUGAACCUCAUCAAGGUUCAUCUGAUGGUAGCUGUAGAGGGGCACCUCUUCCAGAAGUCAUUCCAGGCCUCUCCCAACCUGGCCUACACCUUCAUCUGGGACAAGACAGAUGCCUAUGGCCAAAGGGUCUACGGACUCUCUGACGCUGUUGUGUCUGUCGGGUUUGAAUAUGAGACCUGCCCCAGUCUCAUCCUGUGGGAGAAAAGGACAGCCCUCCUUCAGGGAUUUGAGCUGGACCCUUCCAGCCUCGGGGGCUGGUCCCUGGACAAACAUCACAUCCUCAACGUUAAAAGUGGAAUCCUACACAAGGGCACUGGGGAGAACCAGUUCCUGACCCAGCAGCCCGCCAUCAUCACCAGCAUCAUGGGCAACGGCCGCCGCCGGAGCAUUUCCUGUCCUAGCUGCAACGGCCUUGCUGAAGGCAACAAGCUGCUAGCCCCAGUAGCUCUGGCUGUUGGAGUCGAUGGGAGCCUCUUCGUUGGUGACUUCAAUUACAUCCGGCGCAUCUUUCCCUCCCGAAACGUGACCAGCAUCUUGGAGUUACGAAAUAAAGAGUUUAAACAUAGCAACAACCCAGCACACAAGUACUAUCUGGCGGUGGACCCCGUGUCCGGCUCUCUCUACGUGUCUGACACCAACAGUCGGCGAAUCUACCGAGUCAAGUCUCUGAGCGGAGCUAAAGACCUGGCUGGGAAUUCAGAAGUCGUGGCAGGGACGGGAGAGCAAUGCUUGCCCUUCGACGAAGCCCGCUGCGGGGACGGAGGCAAGGCUGUGGAUGCCACCCUGAUGAGCCCUCGAGGUAUUGCAGUUGACAAGAACGGGCUCAUGUACUUUGUCGACGCCACCAUGAUCCGCAAGGUUGACCAGAAUGGAAUCAUCUCCACCUUGCUGGGCUCCAAUGACCUCACUGCUGUCCGGCCACUGAGCUGUGACUCCAGCAUGGACGUGGCCCAGGUUCGGCUGGAAUGGCCAACAGACCUUGCCAUCAACCCCAUGGACAACUCCCUGUAUGUUCUAGAGAACAACGUCAUCCUUCGCAUCACCGAGAACCACCAAGUCAGCAUCAUUGCGGGACGCCCCAUGCACUGCCAGGUUCCUGGCAUUGACUACUCGCUCAGCAAACUAGCCAUUCACUCUGCUCUGGAGUCCGCCAGUGCCAUUGCCCUCUCUCACACUGGGGUCCUCUAUAUCACCGAGACAGACGAGAAGAAGAUUAACCGUCUACGCCAGGUAACAACCAAUGGGGAGAUCUGCCUCUUAGCGGGGGCGGCCUCCGACUGCGACUGCAAAAACGAUGUCAAUUGCAACUGCUACUCAGGAGAUGAUGCCUACGCGACUGACGCCGUCUUGAACUCCCCGUCAUCCUUAGCUGUAGCUCCCGAUGGUACCAUCUACGUCGCAGACCUCGGAAAUAUUCGGAUCAGGGCGGUCAGCAAGAACAAGCCCGUUCUGAACGCUUUCAACCAGUAUGAGGCUGCCUCCCCCGGAGAACAGGAGUUGUACGUCUUCAACGCCGACGGCAUCCACCAGUACACUGUGAGCCUGGUGACGGGGGAGUACUUGUACAAUUUCACGUAUGGUGCCGACAAUGAUGUCACUGAGUUGAUUGACAAUAAUGGAAAUUCCCUGAAGAUCCGUCGGGACAGCAGUGGCAUGCCCCGCCACCUUCUCAUGCCUGACCACCAGAUCAUCACUCUCACGGUGGGCACCAAUGGAGGUCUCAAAGUCGUGUCCACGCAGAACUUGGAGCUUGGCCUCAUGACCUACGAUGGGAACACUGGCCUCCUAGCCACCAAGAGUGAUGAAACCGGAUGGACGACUUUCUAUGACUAUGACCACGAGGGCCGCCUAACCAAUGUGACACGCCCCACAGGGGUGGUGACCAGCCUACACCGGGAAAUGGAGAAAUCCAUCACCAUUGACAUUGAGAACUCCAACCGUGACGACGAUGUCACUGUCAUUACCAACCUGUCUUCUGUGGAGGCCUCCUACACAGUGGUACAAGAUCAAGUGCGGAACAGCUACCAGCUCUGCAACAACGGUACCCUGCGGGUGAUGUACGCCAACGGGAUGGGCGUCAGCUUCCACAGCGAGCCCCACGUCCUAGCGGGCACCAUCACCCCCACCAUUGGGCGCUGCAACAUCUCUCUGCCCAUGGAGAAUGGCCUGAACUCCAUCGAGUGGCGCCUAAGAAAGGAACAGAUUAAAGGCAAAGUUACCAUCUUUGGCAGGAAGCUCCGGGUCCACGGAAGAAAUCUCUUGUCCAUUGACUAUGACCGGAAUAUUCGGACAGAGAAGAUCUACGAUGAUCACCGGAAGUUCACCCUGAGGAUCAUUUAUGACCAGGUGGGCCGCCCUUUCCUCUGGCUCCCCAGCAGUGGGCUGGCGGCUGUCAACGUCUCCUAUUUCUUCAAUGGGCGCUUGGCUGGCCUUCAGCGCGGGGCCAUGAGCGAGAGGACAGACAUCGACAAGCAAGGCCGGAUCGUGUCCCGCAUGUUUGCCGACGGGAAAGUGUGGAGCUAUUCCUACCUUGACAAGUCCAUGGUCCUCCUGCUUCAGAGUCAGCGUCAGUACAUAUUCGAGUACGACUCCUCUGAACGCCUCCACGCCGUCACCAUGCCCAGUGUUGCUCGGCACAGCAUGUCCACCCACACCUCCAUUGGCUACAUCCGCAAUACUUACAACCCGCCUGAAAGCAACGCUUCGGUCAUCUUUGACUACAGUGAUGACGGCCGCAUCCUAAAGACAUCCUUUUUAGGCACUGGGCGCCAGGUAUUCUACAAGUAUGGGAAACUCUCCAAGCUAUCGGAGAUUGUCUAUGACAGUACUGCCAUCACUUUUGGGUAUGAUGAGACCACCGGUGUCUUAAAAAUGGUCAGCCUCCAAAGUGGGGGCUUCUCCUGCACCAUCAGGUACCGGAAGAUUGGCCCACUCGUGGACAAGCAAAUCUACAGGUUCUCUGAGGAAGGCAUGGUCAACGCCAGGUUUGAAUACACCUAUCACGACAACAGCUUCCGGAUCGCAAGCGUCAAGCCGGUCAUAAGUGAGACUCCCCUUCCUGUUGACCUCUACCGCUAUGACGAGAUUUCUGGCAAAGUGGAGCACUUCGGCAAGUUCGGAGUCAUCUAUUAUGAUAUCAACCAGAUCAUCACCACGGCUGUGAUGACCCUCAGCAAGCACUUUGACACCCACGGGCGGAUCAAGGAAGUCCAGUACGAGAUGUUCCGGUCCCUCAUGUACUGGAUGACGGUGCAGUAUGACAGCAUGGGCAGGGUAAUCAAGAGGGAGCUGAAACUGGGGCCCUAUGCCAACACCACUAAGUACACCUACGACUAUGAUGGGGAUGGGCAGCUCCAGAGCGUGGCCGUCAAUGACCGUCCGACCUGGCGCUACAGCUACGACCUCAAUGGGAACCUCCACUUGCUGAACCCGGGGAACAGCGUGCGCCUCAUGCCCUUGCGCUACGACCUCCGAGAUCGGAUAACCAGGCUCGGUGACGUGCAGUACAAAAUUGACGACGAUGGCUAUCUGUGCCAGCGAGGGGCUGACAUCUUUGAGUAUAACUCCAAGGGCCUUCUAACAAGAGCCUACAACAAGGCCAGUGGCUGGAGUGUCCAGUACCGCUAUGAUGGCGUGGGGCGGCGGGCUUCCUACAAGACCAACCUGGGCCACCAUUUGCAAUAUUUCUACUCUGACCUCCACAACCCGACUCGCAUCACCCAUGUCUACAAUCACUCCAACUCGGAGAUAACCUCGCUCUACUAUGACCUCCAAGGUCACCUCUUUGCCAUGGAGAGCAGCAGUGGAGAGGAGUAUUAUGUUGCCUCAGAUAACACAGGGACUCCCCUGGCUGUGUUCAGCAUCAAUGGUCUCAUGAUCAAGCAGUUGCAGUACACCGCCUACGGGGAGAUUUAUUACGACUCCAACCCUGACUUCCAGAUGGUCAUUGGCUUCCAUGGGGGACUCUACGAUCCCCUGACCAAGCUGGUCCACUUCACGCAGCGUGAUUAUGAUGUGCUGGCGGGACGAUGGACCUCUCCGGACUAUACCAUGUGGAAAAAUGUGGGCAAGGAGCCGGCCCCCUUUAACCUGUAUAUGUUCAAGAGCAACAAUCCUCUCAGCAAUGAGCUGGAUUUGAAGAACUACGUGACAGAUGUGAAAAGCUGGCUGGUGAUGUUUGGAUUUCAGCUUAGCAACAUAAUUCCCGGCUUCCCAAGAGCCAAAAUGUAUUUCGUGCCUCCGCCCUAUGAGUUGUCAGAGAGUCAAGCAAGUGAGAACGGACAGCUCAUUACAGGUGUCCAGCAGACAACCGAGAGGCACAACCAGGCCUUCAUGGCCCUUGAAGGGCAGGUCAUCUCUAAGAAGCUCCACGCCAGCAUCCGAGAGAAAGCAGGCCACUGGUUCGCCACCACCACGCCCAUCAUCGGCAAAGGCAUCAUGUUCGCCAUCAAAGAGGGGCGGGUGACCACCGGCACGUCCAGCAUCGCCAGUGAGGACAGCCGCAAGGUGGCGUCCGUGCUGAACAACGCCUACUACCUGGACAAGAUGCACUACAGCAUCGAGGGCAAGGACACCCACUACUUUGUGAAGAUCGGCUCGGCCGACGCAGACCUGGUCACCCUGGGCACCACCAUCGGCCGCAAGGUGCUGGAGAGCGGGGUGAACGUGACCGUGUCGCAGCCCACGCUGCUGGUCAACGGCCGGACUCGAAGGUUCACCAACAUCGAGUUCCAGUACUCCACGCUGCUGCUCAGCAUCCGCUACGGCCUCACCCCCGACACCCUGGACGAAGAGAAGGCCCGCAUCCUGGACCAGGCCAGGCAGAGGGCCCUGGGCACCGCCUGGGCCAAGGAACAGCAGAAAGCCAGGGACGGCCGAGAGGGCAGCCGCCUGUGGACUGAGGGCGAGAAGCAGCAGCUCCUGAGCACGGGGCGCGUGCAGGGUUACGAGGGCUAUUACGUGCUUCCCGUCGAGCAAUACCCCGAGCUGGCAGACAGUAGCAGCAACAUCCAGUUUUUAAGACAGAAUGAGAUGGGAAAGAGGUAACAAAAUCAUGUGCUGCCAUUCCUCGUCUGGAUGGCUCAGCAGGAGUCACUGUCCUCUCCUCUCCUAAGGAGAUGAAGACCUAACAGGGGCACUGAGGCCGGGCUGCUUUAGGAAACCAAGUGGCAAGAAAGCUCACAUUUUUUGAGUUCAAAUGCUACUGUCCACGCGAGAAGUCCCACCUCCCGAAGUAGACUAAAGCCCGGCUGCAAAUUCCUGAGGAAAAACAAAACAGACGAAUGAACGAUCACACAACCAUGUUCCGAGUUCCCCUAAAAUAUGACCCACUUGUUCUGGGUCUACACAGCAAAGAGAUGGAAAGAGACGCAAAAUGUCCAAAAGGAAGAACAGACACACGCACAACAUGAAAAAAAAAAAACAAAAAAAAACACCCACACACAUACACACAAACAAACACACCGACCGAAAAACAGAGACGUGAAGACGAGAAGGCCUCAUCUUCUAAUACCUCACUCAUUCACACGUGAGCGACACACAGACGUCCGUGAGGGCCAGCAUUCCAGGACCAGUUGAGGUCAACGAUUCAGACUGCUGGUUGGACAGAUACUACAGACGUUUUCCUUUUAACAAAUACAGGUGCAUUUAAACCACGACUUUGGGGGUGAUUUGUGUGUAGCGACUGGGGGGGGGAUAAAAGUGAAAGAGUGAGCACUGGAAAUACUUUUUAAAGGAAAAAAUAUAUAUAAAAACACAAGAAAAGAAAGGAAAUUGAUAUCAAAGCGAAAUAAUACCGUUCAGCACUUAACUCUCAGGUCCCGAUUUAGUCUGGCCUGAGCUAAUUUAUUUGAGCGCAGAGUGUAAAAUUUAAUUCCAAGGGUGGCUAUAAUCACUACAGAUAAAUUUCAUAUUCUUUUGUCUUUGAAGAUUCCAUUGUGGACAGUAAUACGCAGUUACAGGGUGUAGUCUGUUUAGAUUCCGUAGUUCGUGGGUAUCAGUUGCAGUAGAGGUGUGGGCAUUGUGACACUCUUUUGCUAACGGGCACCACUUCAGAUCACCCUGUACAUACCUAAGCCUCAAGGCACAAUCACUGUUUGAGAUUUAAAAUUAUUAGUGUGUUUGUUUGGUCCAGAAACUGAGACAAUCACGUGACAGUCACCACGAGGAGAGAAAAUAAAAAAUUUUAAAAACCCACAAAAAGAAGAAAAAAAAGUU